AUGGCGUUUAGAAGGACAGAGGGAAUGUCCAUCAUCCAGGCCUUGGCAAUGACUGUGGCAGAGAUCCCCGUGUUUGUUUACACAACAUUUGGGCAGUCUGUCUUCUCUCAGCUGAGGCUCUCUCCAGGCCUACGUAAGGUGCUGUUUGCUACAGCUGUGGGGACAGUUGCCUUGGCUCUCGCAGCUCAUCAGCUGAAGCGGCGGCGGCGGCGGAAGAAGCAGAUCGCGCCGGACAAGUGUGGGUUUAAGCCUGGAGGGAUCACAGUGCCCAUCUUGCCAACCAGAAGGGUCUCCUCCGUGAAGAAAGGGUACUCGAGCAAGAGAGUCCAGAGUCCUGGCAGCAAGAGCAAUGACACACUCAGUGGGAUUUCCUCCAUUGAGCCCAGCAAACAUUCCAGUUCCUCCCACAGCCUCGCCUCGAUGGUAGCAGUCAACUCUGCAAGUCCAAUACCAGCAGGGGUGUGGGAGGCCCAGGCAAUGGGGGAUGCUGGAGCCAUUGUUGAUUCCAGUGCAGAAAGCCUCUACAUUCAAGGCAUGGAGCUGUUUGAGGAGGCCCUGCAGAAGUGGGAGCAGGCAUUGACCAUCAGGCAGAGAGACAAUGCCAGUACCAGCACCCCCGUGCCCUGGGACAGCAAGAAACAGCAAGAGAGCAAGUCUGAGAGCAUCCCAGAGGAGGAGUCCCAGAAAAGGGAGUUUGCUGAGAAGCUGGAAUCCCUCUUGCAUCAAGCCUACCACCUGCAGGAAGAGUUUGGGUCUUCACUUCCAUCAGACAGUGUCCUGCUGGAUCUUGAGAAGACUUUAAUGCUUCCACUGGCGGAUGGAUCCUUGCGGCUCCGGACAGAUGAUGAAGACAGCUCCAUUUCUGAGGACUCCUUCUUCUCUGCAGCAGAGCUCUUUGACUCUCUCCACUUUGAGGAAAUACCAUUCCACCUCUCUAAGCCAGUAGCAGCAUAUGAAGAAGCUCUGCAGCUGGUGAAAGAAGGGAAGGUUGCCUGCCGGACACUGAGGACAGAGCUCCUUGGCUGCUACAGUGACCAGGAUUUCCUCGCCAAGCUGCACUGUGUCAGGCAGGCCUUCCAGGAGCUGCUGGAGGAUGAAAGCAAUCAACUGUUUUUUGGAGAGGUUGGGAAGCAAAUGGUGAUAGGACUGAUGACAAAGGCUGAAAAGAAUCCAAAAGCUUUUCUGGAAAGCUACGAGGAGAUGCUACGUUAUGCACUGAAGCAAGAGACCUGGCCAACCACUCAGCUGGAGCUGGAGGGAAGAGGGGUGGUGUGCAUGAGUUUCUUUGAUAUUGUGCUGGACUUCAUCCUGAUGGAUGCUUUUGAGGAUCUGGAGAACCCUCCCUCCUCCGUGCUGGCCGUGCUGCGCAACCGCUGGCUCUCCGACAGCUUCAAGGAGACGGCUCUAGCAACUGCCUGCUGGUCAGUGCUGAAAGCAAAAAGGAGGCUUCUGAUGGUACCAGAUGGUUUUAUCUCUCAUUUCUACUCCGUAUCGGAGCAUGUCAGUCCUGUUCUAGCCUUUGGUUUUCUGGGGCCCAAGCAGCAGCUAUCUGAAGUCUGCAGUUUUUUCAAGCACCAGAUAGUACAGUACCUGAAGGACAUGUUUGAUUUGGACAACGUGAGGUACACGACGGUGCAGUCCCUGGCAGAAGACAUCCUGCAGCUGUCGCGGCGGCGCAGCGAGAUCCUCUUGGGAUAUCUGGGCACUGAGACCUCCCCGGCACUGAACGGCACGGUGCCUGGGGACAGCGAGCCCCUGAAGGAGCUCAUCUGA